AUGGCUUCCGUCACAGGCAUUCCCCAGGAACAUCCUGACACCAUCCAGGAGCGCGAGGAUGCCCCUCUGCUCGCAACCCCGGGCAAUGUGCCCCAGAAAGAGAGUGCUGCCAUUUAUCAAAACCUCUUUACAGGCACGGCCAGCGCUGCCCAGGUCGGAAUCUGGAUGCUCGCCAUCCUCGUCUGGACCGGUAUCUUAACGCAUCCGUUGAUUUUCUUCUCCUCCCAUCCACUCCUCAACUCUGCUGCGCUCCUCCUCCAAGUCCAAGCAGCCCUCAUCCUGCAACCCACCACUACCCCGCACCAAAAGCGUCUGGGAACCAUCAUCCAUUACGUCAUCCAAACCAUCAGCCUGCUCGCCUUCAUCACCGCCUUCAUCAUCAUCGAGAUCAACAAGGGUGAUCAUGCUCGCUUCACCUCCCCGCACGGCGUGCUGGGCCUCAUCACCUACAUCAUUAUUAUCCUUCAGGCGCUGGGUGGAGUCGUGCAGUACCUCGUCCCCGUUCAGGUCCUGGGCAGUGUGGACCGCGGAAAGAGCCUUUACAAAUACCACCGCAAAUCCGGCUAUGUGCUACUGCUCCUGGAGCUGGCGACGGUGGCGGCAGCAACGCAGACGACGUAUAACCUGAACGUGCUGGCAAUUCCGUUGUGGGGAGUGCUGGUGGCAGCGGCGUUGGUUGUGGUGGGAGUGGGGGCCAGGAUUAAGAAGCAUAAGCUGGGGCUGUGAGAUGUGGAAUGAUUAUGAUUAUGAUCGAGAUGCGACGGCUUGGUUUCCAGGCUCUUUACGUAGUUGGGAAGAAUUUCAUGACAGGCACGGUUAACAUAUUGAGGUAGUAGUACUUAUUGAGUGCACCGAUGUGUAUCUAAGCAAAGCACACUGAAUUGAGCAUAACCAC